GCUGAUAACCCUUGUUUCUCUCAUCCCACUCGUCUCCUCUCUCCUUUCUUCUCCAGCGUCCGAUUAGCCCCCUCUCUCCCUUCCUCUCGCGCCAAAUCUUAAUCUCCACACAGGUUUCCUAUGGCGGAAGGUCCAGCGAGCCCCGGCGGCGGCGGGAGCCACGACAGCGGCGAGCACAGUCCCCGAUCGAAUGUCCGGGAGCAGGAUCGGUAUCUUCCGAUCGCGAAUAUUAGCCGGAUUAUGAAGAAGGCGCUUCCGGCGAACGGUAAGAUCGCUAAGGAUGCGAAGGAGACUGUGCAGGAGUGCGUUUCAGAGUUCAUCAGCUUCAUCACCAGCGAGGCGAGCGACAAGUGCCAGAGGGAAAAGAGGAAGACGAUUAAUGGUGACGACUUGCUUUGGGCUAUGGCGACUUUAGGUUUCGAAGACUACAUUGAUCCUCUCAAGGUUUACCUUGCGAAAUACAGAGAGAUGGAGGGUGACACCAAGGGUUCAGGCAAGGGUGGAGACUCUUCUUCUAAGAAAGAAGCUCAGCCAAGUGCCAUUGCUCAGAUUCCUCACCAAGGUUCUUUCUCUCAAGGAGCUACUUACUCAAAUUCUCAAACCCAACAAAUGAUGGUUCAUAUGCAAGGCUCGGAGUAGUUCAACUCUUGUUUACCCAACACCAUAAUUUAAUUGCUUAUCUGAGGAGAUCUUGUUCAGUGCCCAGGAAAAUAACAUAUUAAUUUAUUAUUCUGAUGUGAAUGCUAUAAACGUGAGGUUAGUUUUUCAGUGACUUCUGGUGUGGUUUGUAAACUAGGAGUUUCUUCGAGUCCAAUGCCUAUCUCAAGGUAAUAGCUUUGUCUCAGGAAGAGCUAUUGCAUUCCUUUGAUUUGUAAACUGGUGUCGUGAGAUAGGCAUUUGCUGUUGAGAGUGGUUAGGAAAUGUCAUGUAUGUUUCAAAUUUUUACAUUGUAUGAUUUUAUUUGCUGUAGACAGUUUUCAUAUUAAAAAAAUAAAAUAAAAUGGAAUCCUAUUGCCUGCGUUCGACAGCUUACCAAGAUUCCCAUUGUUUGGACCACCUGAGAAUGUUUGUGUGCUUUUCAAUUUGAUCAGGCAGUCUCCUUCAUGCACAAAAUCUAGCUCCGAUCUUUUUCAUAUCUGGUUAUGUGUCCACCCUGAGAGGGGUGGUUGUACCACUGUUUCCUUAAACCUGAGGAUACAAGAUAUUCAAUUGAUGCGAGCUAGUUGUAUUAAAGAAGGUUUCAAUCCUUUCUUUUCGUUCUA